UAUCUCGGUACCAGCCCGGUAAUCUCAGUCCCGGUCCGGUUAUCUCGGUACCAGCCCGGUAUCGCUGCAAUGGAGGCGGACAAGCUGCCGGUUUCCCUGGAUCUGGUGUCCGGCUCCGGGCAGGGUCUGAGCCCCGAGCAGAGUGCGGCCCUGCACACCUCCCUCCUCCUCCUGCGGAGAGACAUGCAGCUAGCCCGGGUCUACCUGUGGGGCAAGAUCCAGGGGGUCCGGGGAGACUAUUACAUAGCCCAGGGCACGGAGCCCGGAGAGGAACUGCGAGCAAGGAGGACCUUCUACAGUUUGAAUUGCAUGGACUGGUGCCUCCUACCUCCAGCCACUGAGGACCUCAUUGCACAGACCCAGGUGGUGCGUGGCAGAUUUAUAGGAGAUCCAUCCCACGAGUAUGAACAUGUCACUCAGAGAAAGGUGGGGGAAGGCAAUGCAGAGUACAGCGAGGAAGUAACGACCCACAUAAAGGAAGAGUCCCGUCUGGUUGCUACAAUUGCAUUGAUAGACAAGGAGGCGGCUGUGGUGCCACGUGGAGCUUUCGUUAAGAACCCUCUUGGACAGGUCCAGAUCAAUUAUUGCUUCAGAGGCCUUACAGUGAGCGAAGCCAAAAAGCUCAGCUCUUUUUUCCACUUCACACCAACCCCGAAUCCGAAGAAGAGAUCUCUUCUGGAGAAGGCAGAUCUGAACCCAUCCUUAGAUUUCUUAGACUCGCUGGAACACGAUAUCCCCAAAGGUUCAUGGAGUCUGCAGUUUGAACAGGGAGGCAGCGUCCUGAUCCUGCGCAGCCUCCUUUGGCUCGGAAUGACUUUCUAUCACAUCCCUCUGACUUCUCAACAUGGCUACAUCUACAUCGGGAACGGAGAGAGGAACAUUGACCUGCCGUUCAUGAUUUCAACCGCUUAGUAUCUAAUGUUCCAUUUACCGAGCACAGAGCAGCCAUAGGAACUACAGGAAACAGACAGUAUCGACAGUGAACUUUGCUCCAGAACUGUUAUUUAUGAAUACAACAAUUGCUGUUCUUUGUUUUCCAAACAUUAAUAAAGCAAUUUCUGGUCACAUUUAAA